AAAUCUGCAUUUCCAAUGGUUGUGAGUGGUUUUUUUUUUGACAAAAAUUUUGAAAUAAAAGUCAGUGUCAAAAUUUUAAGCACUCAGAGUUAAUUCCUCUUCAGACCUUAACUAAACUCGAAAGAAAAAAAUGGCCGGUGCCUUGAAAUACGUUUUCGUAGCUGUAGCUAUCUUCUGCUACAUGCAGCAAGCUGAGAUGGCCCGCUUGCCACGCAACACCGGUGCCGAACCAGCUCUGCCCGCAAACAUCUUCGAAGCUUUCACCAAGCCUGAAUUCUGGAACUCCCUCUCCAAGAACAUCUCUGAUGCUUUCACUGAAGAAAACUUGAAGAAAUACGGCAUCCGCCCGGAGGAUGUUAAGGAAGGUUUCGCCAAGGUCCAAGAAAAUGUCCAAACUGGUUUCGCUGAAUUGCAAAAGAACGUCAACAACUUGCUCGAACAAAACCAACCCGCUGCUGCCGCCGACGCCAAGCCCAAGAAGCAAAAGACCAAGUAAAUACUUUCACUCAAGAGGCUAAAUGUUUGUUUAUAGAUCGUGUUUUUUAUGAAUAAAUGUUUAUUUUUUUUAUAAAAUAAAUUACUUUAGUUGAUUUUUUCAUCUUUUAUGCAGUUGGUUUUAAGAAAAAUUACAAAAAAAAAACGUCAUUCAAAUAUUUUAUUUAAUUUCUAGUUUUUAGUUUUUUUUUUUUUUAAGUUAAGAAAAAAAAUAAGAAACAAAAAAUGUCUUUUAUAAAUAUGUUUGUUAAAUAAACUUUUGUUUAAUUAGUACUAGAA